AUUCUGCUCACCAACAUGAGCAGAGAGCAGGCCAAAUGGGCCUUUAACAAUAGACUCCAGACCGUUUUUGUUUUUGGUCAACUACUUUCCCUUCUACUCUUCAGGACCUAUUCUGUGGCAGCAGUAGGCUUGUCUGCAGAAUGGACAACUGAAGAGAGAUAUGUCGCACGUGAGGGAAACAACUCUGUCUCUAUGCCUUCUGAAGUUUCUGUCCUCCCAAACCUAGACUCUGGUCCACCAACUAACUUUGCCAGUCAAAAGGAUCCAGGGUCAAAUAGAAACAUCACAGUCCGUUUAGGUGUGCAUGUGGCACUCUUUGGUCCAAGAGAAUUUAUUGUCCCUGAGUUACUUCUUGCCCUAUACAAAGAGCCAGUUCUCUACAGUCUUGGAGAGAACAGAGGGGUGCUUUCCCUGCGAAUACUGGGAAUAAGAAAGAGUGACCUCUGACCACUGUGAUUGCAUCACAUCGUGGACUCUUCUGAACCUCUCCACCUGAAAAUGCAGACCUCCUUCAAUUCUUUAUUCUCUGUUGUCUUCUUGUUUAUUUAUAGUCUAUCUCUGUAGUGCUGUCAAGAUUACUCUCAAAUUGGUUUCUUUGCCUGUUAUAUCAGAUGUAUUAAAAAUUUACUUCAUUAUGAUGAAACAUUUUACGGUAUAUUUGUUGGCUCAAAAAACAAGACAACCCCGCCCAUAAGAAUGGCUAACCAAUAGCAAUAGACAUAGAGUCUUUAAUCCCACCCUUUCUUCCGGUGCCUCUUUUCCUUAAGCGCUUUGGAAGUUUCUUAUGUACACAUUUUAUGUUUGUGUAUGGAGCUCCCAAGUACAAUAGUCCGUGUAAAUAAAACGUAUCUUUUGACGUUUUUUAAACUCUUUGAAGCGUGGUCUGAGUGGUGUGCGUUGUCUUGUAGCUAAAUACUAAAGAGCAAAAGAGGGCGAUUUACUAUGGCUUGUCCGAUCUAUCCAAAGGACACACCGCAGCCCACAGAGGACAUCGAAUUUCAGCAAGUACUGCGUCAAAUUGGAGGUAAAGAGAAUAUAUACUUAGUAAGUGAUACCGUCAAAUCGGAUGAGGAGGACGAAGCCAGUGGGAUAUUAAAGGAGUUCAUUCAGGACAUGUUUCAUAGCGGGCGCACUGAAAACCUUGGCACGAGCCAUACCAACAACAACACUAACGGUCAGAUUUAUUCCUCUCCUAACAAUCAAGGGGAUACUACAAGCGAAAAUAAUGGGACAUGCGAAACAGUAAACAACUGCAAGAUUUUGCCUCAAGCCCAGGGGAAUGAAAUACCUCUGUCAACGAGGCCAAAGGAUUUAGUAUUGAGUGCCAAGUCUAUGGGAGAGGAUAAAGAAACACCGAGGCUCAAUGGGAAUGUCCAAAAUACCAAAACCUCAAGCAUGAACAGUUGUAGAGGAAAGCGAAUAAUAGACUAUCCUAUUAUAAUAUUCAUAUUUAGACAGGAGUUUUUCAGUGGCAGUGCAAACGCAAUUUGCCUGAAAGAAAUUCUGAAGGAUGUUAGGUCACGUGCGAAACGUGGCGGUGUCCGCCCAGCACUAGUCGGGUUAAUACGCUCAACAGGUGAGAGCAACGAGACGCGUGAAUCAGUGGGAUUUCUGGAGGGCCUGCUUCGUUCAGUGUUUCGGAAACAUCCACCAGAAGCCAUCUGGGCAGGGCAUUUCAUUCCCAAGACAGAGGAUAGGAUGCUGGCCAUCAAGAAAUACGCCUGCAAAGCCAUCUAUUCGGCCCAAUCCUCAGAUAAUUCUGAGGAAAGAGGGAACAUGUUUUUAAGGCCAUUCCAAUGUUUGCCUUGGCCUAGAAGGCACAACAACCAGGCCAACAACACUUCAGCAAACAGGCAAAGAGGUGACGCUGCUAGUGCAGAGGAAGGGAUCCCUCUGAAGACGGGUGUUUUGUCCGCUGGACCCCAGGCAGAGUCCGACUGUGGUGUAACCAAAAAGGACAGUCAUGAUGACACUCGUGGGUCAUGAUUUCCCAUGUCCAACUGUGGACAAUACUCAAACGUUGGUCUCAAGGAACAUUGGUGUCUGUACAAGUCUGCAGUUAAGUUACAUGUCUGGCACAUUGGCCUUACAAUCAGUCAGAGAAGAGUUAAUACAUUAGCCUGUGAUUAUGAACAAUUUGAAUUUAGCGAUAACUCAAGUUACGCAACUUAAUACAUUUAGUGUACAUGCGUAUCUUGUGAGGUUACUCUGUUACAUAACCAUCCAUGUAUGUUGUCACUUUAAAUAAUUGUCAUGUAAUAUCUGCUUUUGUUGUUACAAAGAGCUCAUCUUGAAUUGUAAAACAACAAUGAAAAAAUGUGUGACCAACAAACACUAUGACCAUUUACUUCUUUCUGUUCGGUAAGUGUGAUGUGAUGCUGUUUUCAAACGAAACACAAUACCUUGCUCUUGUUAAAGCUUUUAAACUUUAUUUGUUUAUUUAUUUUAUUUUGCUCGAUUUCAAUUAACAUUCAGCAACUAGUGAGUUUGAGUGUUUUUUAAAACAAUAUAGAUGUAAUAGGCGCAAUGAGAAAGAGUUAGAAACAUUUAGAAUGUCAGAAAAGAUUCGGUCGACACCAAAAGAAAAAUUGGGUAAAAAAACAACCCAGCCCUGUGCAAAAAAACCAACAACCCAGCCCUGUGCAAAAAAAACAACAACCCAGCCCUGUGCAAAAAAAAACAACCCAGCCCUGUGUAAAAAAAA